UUCGUUGUGGUUUGAACUGGCUUACCUUCGGUCGCUCUCUGGGAGGUGACACUGUGAUACUGCUCUUGACGAUCAACGGCUUAUUCUUCUGUCCUCAUCUUCCUCUCUGUUUUUGCCUUUCUUGUUCCAACGCAGAUCCGGCGCGAGGGAUGUACCAAGAGCGACAGGAUCGAUGAUCAGCUCUAUACACAACCCGAGCGGGCUCGCUCCGUCCCGUUUACUAAUUUGUGCGACUAUCCUCUGUACAAUUCUGUCAACGGUUCUUGCAGAGAUCGACUCUGUAUUCAAAUCGAGACCUGACCUUUACCCGCCAAUCCUCACUUUAGAACAUCGCAACCCCGACAAGCUCAGUCCGGGUUAUAUCUUCGUAGGACCCUAUGAAGCGGCUAAUUCCGGACCCUACAUCUACGAUGAUGAAGGGGACCUAAUUUGGAGCGGAUGGGGAAACUCGGGCCCCGGAAAUGCUCAUGGCAUGCAUGUGUGCAAGUACCAGGGCAAAGACCAUCUGUGCUUCUUUCAAGGCGUCCAGCAAAAUGGUUACUGUCGCGGCCAUGGUGUGAUCAUGGAUAACAACUAUCGAAUCGUUCGCACCGUGGUGGCCGGAGGUGGCAUGGCGUCCAGCGACAUGCACGAGUUCAGGCCCAUCAACGACGGCAAAACCGCCUUGUUGACCGUUUAUCAGCAACGGCAGUUUGACAUGAGUCUGUGGAACGUGAAGACGGGCAUGGGGUGGUUAAUGGAAAGUAUCUUUCAAGAGGUCGAUGUUGAAACUAAUGAGGUAUUAUUCGAGUGGAAAUCUCUGGACCAUGUUGACCCGUCGGCUGCCUACACCUGGCCCAGUCACACGGACACCUCGGGCACUGGGCUGGACCCCCGCUCGCCUUGGGAUUACUUCCAUAUCAACUCCAUCGAUAAAAACGAGGACGGUGAUUAUCUGAUUUCCUCGCGCCACACCUGCGCGAUCUACAAGAUUUCCGGCAAAGACGGAUCCGUUAUUUGGCGGCUGCACGGAGCCAACCCAACGUUCAAGAACAUUAACUUCAGCUUCUCACAGCAACACGACGCAAGAUUCCUGAGCGAGAAUUCCACCCACACGCUGCUGUCGCUGUACAACAACGGUUUCAAUGGCUUCAACCGGACGCACGAGUACUCCUCUGGGAUGAUUAUCCUGAUCGACCACCGCGACAACACCGCCACCCAGCUGUUUGAAUAUGCACCCCCGGGCAAGACCAUGAUCAGCUCCAGCCAGGGAAAUCUGCAAGUGCUGCCGAACGGCAACGCAUUCAUCGGUUGGGGCAACAACGCCUACAUCUCCGAGCAUGACCACGAGGGCAAUGUUCUGCUGUGGGGCUAUAUCGACAAGGACCGGAUCAUGAACUACCGUGCGCAGAAGUUCGAGUGGGAGGGCAACCCGACCGAUGUGCCGGCAUUGUGGACGUAUGCCAGGACCAGCGAGACGUACGCCCCAACGAGCUUCUACGUUAGCUGGAACGGGGCGACCCGCGUGAAGUACUGGCGCUUUUAUGGCGCGCAGAACGCAACGGGUCCGUUCAUGUUGGUCAAGCAGGUUGCGAAGAAAGGGUUCGAGACCAGUUACACGGCGAGUGAGUUUUACCAGUGGACCUAUGCGGAGGCGGUAGACGUGGAAGGCAAAGUACUGGGCAGAUCCCGGAGUCUGUACACUUUCGUUCCUUCGGCGGAGUUGCAGAACUUCUGCGCGACGGAGGCUUGCGAAAAUGCUCAGUCGUAUGGAAUGUCGAACGAAGAGGGCGCGGGGCCUACGAUCCCGCCAGCUGGAAUCAUCACCGUGCCUUGGAUUGAUCCGGGCCAUCCGGACUUCUUGUACGAUUGGGGACCGACGGAGCAGUCUGAAGCAGAGCAGGCGGAGGCGGAGACAGACAAUUCCGAAACAGCCUUCGACAAUGUAGGGUGGGUGGCCCGGGCCUUCGGAUUUGUGGUGACGGCAGCGACCCUGUACACGAUCCAUCGUCUCUACCGGCGACGGCAACAGAACCUCGGCCACAUCAAGGAGCGAGCCUCGACGGAGAGUCUGGAUCAGAUGGAACGGGCGCCGCAGUUGACGGGGACGGACGAGCUGCCCUGGUGGCAUUGGCCAAAGGGAACCGGCCGGCGACCAUCCUUGACGCUUAAUGCCGCUGUCCCUCUUACGGCCACUUCCACAUCAUCCUCCGCCGUCGCUUCUCCCCUCCCUCCAACAACACCCAAUCCUCUCUCCGCAACUUCUUCUUCCUUCGCUCAAUCCGCCAAGAAUCGGCAUGCUGCCCGUCAUACCAGAGCUACCUCGUGGACUUCCGGUCAUGACCAAGGCGGCGAACCCUCGUCCUCGACUUCUGCCCAUUUCCCCCACCACCACCAACAACAACAGCAGCGUCGGCGUCGCGAGUCCAACCUCUCGCUAGCCGACGUUUCCGAAGGCUCCUCCGGUCGCCACGAGGACUACGAUAACGACUCCCUGGCUAAUAUGGCCUCGAGGAACACCUCUCUCGACUGGGGCCAUGCCCGCAGUCGCUCACGCAGUCAGUCGCAGACCGCCAUGCUGCGACCCCUAGAACUAGCCGACACAUCCUCCGCGGCCCCGGCCUCGCGCCCAGCCCCAGUCACUUGGAUGUCCCUGCCGAAAAAGGGCCAGCUCGCGCUGCUGGGUCUGUGCCGGGUCUUCGACUUUCUCCAGAUCGCCUCGCUGCAGGCCUAUAUGUUCUAUCAACUAAAAUCCUUCGAUGAGAAUCUGUCCGAUGCCGAUGUAUCCACCCAGGCCGGAAUCUUGCAGGGUGCGUUUACCGCCGCGCAGUUCGCAACGGCCAUCCCCUGGGGUCGCGUGGCCGAUGCGGAAUGGGGUGGACGGAAGUUCGUGCUGCUGGUAGGUCUCUUGGGGACAGCCUUGUCCUGCUUGGGGGUCGCUUUUUCGACCUCCUUCGCGCAGGCCGUGUUCUGGCGCUCGUUUGGCGGUGCCAUUAACGGCACUGUCGGUAUUAUUCGGACCAUGAUCGCGGAGAAUGUCAAGGAGAAGAAAUAUCAUUCGCGCGCGUUCUUGAUCCUGCCGAUCGGCUUCAACGUGGCGGCCCUGUUUGGUCCCGUGAUGGGUGGCAUGCUGGCCGAUCCGGUCAAGGCUUACCCCCGACUUUUUGGGCCUGACUCGUCGUUCGGCGGUGCCAACGGGGUACAAUGGCUGAUCCGCUACCCCUACGCCUUGCCUAUGCUGGCUAAUGCCGUGUUUCUGUCAUUCGCGGCGGCUUGUGUCGCCAUUGGUCUGGAAGAGACCUUGGAAGCCUGCAAAGGUAAGCCCGGUCUCGGAGUCUUUUCGAUGCGUAUCUUCGCACGAGGUGUCCGGGCCGUGGUGCCUUCUUCCUCCCCGCUGUACCACCGUCUGCCAUUCGCCGACUACGAAGAAGCGGGCCCUCUUUUGGGCCGCCGAGAUGCGGCGGAGAGCUACGAAAUGGAAGAAAAGGCUACGAAACAGACUCGUCAAAGUCGCACCUUGCCUUUCCGUCGCAUCUGGACCAAGAACGUGCUGUGCACGCUUCUGGCGCAGGCCUUCUUCGACUUCCAAAUGGGUGCAUUCAACAACCUCUGGCUGUUGUUCCUCUCCACUCCGCGCUACGAUGCCAACGACCCCACGAGUCCCAUCCAGAAGCUGCCGUUCAUCUUCACUGGCGGCCUGGGCAUGUUGCCACAGAGCGUCGGUUUUGCGACUGCCAUCCUCGGGAUCAUCGGCAUGCUCCUGCAGUUCACCAUCUACCCCAGCAUCAACGGCCGUCUGGGCACGGCCAAGAGCUACCAAUAUUUCUUGACUUUGUUCCCCCUGGCGUAUGCGUUUGCGCCGUACAUCGCUCUGGCGCCCUCGUCGGCCCCGCCGCCCGGCCAGGCCAACGGCGGCUGGGUGUGGUUCUCGAUCAUCGUCGUCCUCUUCCUGCAGGUGACGGCGCGCACUUUCACGCUGCCGACGUCGAUCAUUCUGUUGAACAACUGCUCGCCGCAUCCGUCCGUGCUGGGCACCAUCCACGGCAUUGGCCAGUCCGUCUCCUCCGCCUUCCGUACUAUCGGGCCGAUCUUCUCGGGAUCAUGGUACGGCUACGGUUUGGAGAUGGGCAUGGUGGGCUUUGCCUGGUGGUUGGUGGCGCUGGUGUCGGUGUUUGGCUGCGUGGCGGCCAUCUUCGUGUACGAAGGGUCGGGGCAUGAGAUCUUUCUUCCGGGCGAGGAGGAAUAUUAG